UCGUUGCCAGGGCAACGGAGCAUCAACAGGACCGAGCGCGGGAGGCCCGGAGAGGAAGGCGCUCCAUCCCGCCCGCGAUGGCUUUCUCAGGAAAGAUGCAGCCACUGACCUCCAUUCAGCAGCAUAAGAAAGCAAUGAUAGAAGAACAUCAGAGAAUCUUGGACAGCCAAGCACAGGAGAAGCUGGAGAAAAAAAUGAAGGAGCUGAAAGCGGCGAUUUUAAAUGAAGAACGCGUUGAACGGAAGCGAGUCCUCAGAUCCCUCCAGAAAGAGCAGUGCGAAAUGGAAAUGGAAGAAGCCAUUCAAAAGGCAGAGGAAAACAAAAGGCUAAAGGAGCGCCAGCUGGAACAGGAAGAAAAGUUGGCUACGGAAUUGGCCAGAUUAAAGCACGAGAGUCUCAAGGAUGAGAAAAUGCGGCAGCAAGUCAGAGAAAACAGCACCGAAUUAAGAGAACUGGAGAGAAAAUUGAAGGCGGCUUACAUGAAUAAAGAAAGAGCGGCCCAGAUUGCUGAAAAAGAAGCCAUAAAACUUGAAAGAAUAAAGGACGAUGCUAUAAUGGCCCGGAAGAUGAAGGAGGAGCAUGAGAGGUUGGUGAUGGAAGAAAGCUUGGCAGAGUGUAGACGGAACAGGGAGAAAAUACUGUAUCACCAAGAAUUAGAAAAGCAGCUUGAAGAGCGGGAAAGAAAGAAGCAGGAGGCCUACGAGGAGUACCUCCAAGAGAAACUAAUGAUUGACGAAAUUGUGAGAAAAAUUUAUGAAGAAGACCAGAUGGAAAGACAACUGAGGCUGGAGAAAAUGAAUGCCACCCAGAGAUAUAAAGAAGAGUUUCAGAAACAACAGGCUCUCUGGAGAAAAAAGAAACGUGAAGAAAUGGAAGAGGAAAACAGGAAGAUCGUAGAAUUUGCUAACCUGAAGCAGCAGAGAGAAGAAGAUCGGAUGGCGAAAAUGCUGGAGAACGAGGAGAAGAGGAAACAUCUCCAGAAUUUGAUUGCCGAGAACCUGGAAAAGACCCAGCAGCACCAGGACGAUAUGGAACAGAUACGCCUCGACUUGUAUCAGGAGGAGCAAGCCGAAAUCGACCGGCAAAAAAUGAAAUCCGAAGUGGAAGACAAGAUCAGACAGCGCCUGGAGCUGCAGAAAAGUUUCGAAGAGCAAUUAGCCUUCAAACGGCUAGUGCUGCAGGCCGCAAGGGAGGAAGAGGAGACUUACAGGCAGAACCUGCUGGCCAAAUUUGCCGAGGACGAUCGACUGGAGCUGAUGAAUGCUCAGAAACAGAGAAUGAAACAGCUCGAACAUAAAAGGGCUGUAGAAGAGCUUAUCGAAGAGCGUCGGAAACAGUUCCUGGCAGACAAGGAACGUGAAUUUGAGGAAAUGCGGAUGCAGGAAAAAAGAGAAGGAUGUCUCAGGGCAAUUAUUGAGGAGGAAAGGCAAAAAUUACUCCAAGAACAUGCUGCAAAACUACUGGGCUAUCUCCCUAAGGGCGUUCUGAAACAUAAUGAAGAUGUGGACUUGCUGGGCGAAGCGUUUAGGACAGUGUAUCAGAAGGGAAGCGAAACAUCUCCAGGAGAAAACUGAUCUUGGCCUGUGGUAAAAUGGAUUUUUUUUUGUUAGACCACUAGAGGGCAGCGUAACUUCGCCUGUGGUUCUUCACUUCUUCGUGGCUUUAAUACUGAAAAUUUGUGUGAAAUUCUUACAAAAGCGAACAUCUGUAUAUAGGUGGAAGUGACCAAACUAGUUUGUCAAUAAAUUAUUGGAAAAUAU